AUCUACUUACUUAUCUUAUCUCACAUAAUAAAACUAUUAUGUGCUUAUGUUUUUGGAUAAACAGCUACAGUUUCAAGUAGUAAUGAUUGUGACUAAUGACUAUAAUAUGUCAUAAAUGAAUUAAUAUUACAUUAUUAUACAACAUGAUGGUCCGUAUUACGGAUAAGUCUUAUAUAUAAGUCCGUGGUCUAUACUAAAAGAAAUACAUAUAUAUGUACAUAAUAUUGUUUUUAUUUAUUAGGUAUUUAUCAUUAUUGUAGUAUUAGUAUUGAUUUAAUAAAAUCAAGUAUUUGAUAAUUUGUAUAGAGUAGAGUGCAUAUUUAGUAAAGUAAUAAGAAAUAUUCAUUUUUAAAUUUUUAUUUAAAAUUUUUUUUCUCAAAUCACAAACUACAGCAGAAAUACUUCUAAGUAAGUACAUAGAAUAAUCAAAAUUAAUAAAAUAAAAUGUAUCUGUAUUCUAUAUUUUAUCAAUAAAUAAUACAAUGUAAUAAUAUAAUGUAUUUAUACAGUUAACAAAAUAAGAGUGUAAGAAGAUAAUUUUUAUUUUAAUCACAUAAUAUAAAAAUUAAUUAUUCAAAAUAAUGUGCUGUGUAGGUAAUUCUAACACUCUGUGAACCACCUGGUUAUAGUUGGUUAAAAAUGUAUAACGUGCAUUAAGUGUACAGUUUUCAUUAAAAAAAUAUUACCUUCUUAAAAUAUUACUUUCUCUUUCCAAACCAAACAAAUUAAAUGAGUUCAUUAAUGUAACAAUCAUUUUUUUUAAACGAUGACACUAAGAAUUAAACACUAAAAUUUUAGAUUUUAUUUUAUUUUAGUUAAAACUUAUAUAUACCUAUAUAAUAGUUUUUUAUUAUUAUUAAUUUAAAAGUAAACAUAUUAUAUAGAUUUUUAUACAUAAUGACUGAAGACAAAUCAAAAACUGAUGAGAAAUACUUGUUGAAAAAUGGAAGAGUUCUUCUAACAGAAAUGUUUGAGGGAUUGGCAUAUAGUUAUAAGGCAUUUGAUGUUUAUCCAGAUAGUCGAAUAGUUGGAUUAAAAUUUGUAAGUAGUUAAAUUAAAAUUGGACCUAUAUAAUUCAUUACUAAACUAAAUUAUACAGAAAUCAGAAAAACGAGUUUGUUUACUUGGAGGUGGUGGUUCUGGUCAUGAACCAUAUCCAUUUGGUAAGUAAAUUCUAAAGGAUUUAAAUUUAAUUCUUAAUCAAUUAUGUGAUACCAUAUAACACUUGACAUUUUAAAAGGAUUUCAUAUUAAAAACUGCUCGAGAGCAAUUAAAAGUUUUUAGAACACUGAUAAGUAUCAUAUGAGUUCACUUAUCACACAAUACAUUGUGUUGUUUCCGCAAACCAAAUAUAGCCGUAUUAGUAAUAACUUUAAAUUGCUCUCAAUAUAGAUUUGCAAAUAAAUUAAUGUUAUUCAAUUCCUUAAAUUUAUUGAAAAAACAAAUUUAAGGUUGCAAUAUAACUAUAGAUUCCUAUUUGAAUUUCAAUAAUUGACUCAAGCCUCCCUAAAUCUUUAAAAAAAAAUUGUACAAUUCAUUUUAGAUGUUUAAAAAUAAAAAAAAAACUUUCAUAUUGUACAUUUUGAAUGACAUUGUAUAUUUGGGUGGUUCUUAUUUUUCAAUUUUUAAAUUUUGUCUACAAUACCCUUUUAGAUUCUGAGCGUAGCAAGUGAGCUAUUAGUUUUAUAAUGCUGUUAAUUUUUUAAAUUUUUUCUUUGUUUUUCUAGUCUGUGAAUACGUUUUUCCUAGUUUUAAUUUUUAUGUGUAGCAACUUUUCUCAAAUCUCAAGUUGUCUAGAUAGUACUUUAAAGAGGUAAUUUUUUGAUUUUUGACGCUAUUUUUUAAAUAAAAACACUUAAGUGGGAAAAAAACUUAAGUAAACGUACAAUUUCAUUUUUUAUAAAAACAGACGUUUUCUACCAGUAAAAAAGAUUUAAUAUAAAAAUCACAAGACACCUUUUUGAUUUACUUUCUUACAGUAUCAUUGCUUUUGAGCAUUUAAGAAAUUUUAAUUUUUGGGAAUUUUUUGCUGUAAUUCUGUUAUAAAUACACAUAGACACAUAAAUUGUAGUAAAAUGAUUCAUUAUUUUUAAAUAAAACUAUUAUUAACUAGGCAUUCAAUUAAUCAUUUUAGAAUAGUAAUAAUCAAAAAAUACAUGGUAUAUGUGACAUAAUGAUAAUCUGAAGUAUGUAAUAUUAUGUUUAAAGGAUAUAUUGGUGAGGGAAUGUUAUCCGCAUCAGUUAGUGGUUAUGUUUUUACUUGUUGUUCAUCCUUGAAUAUUUAUCAAGCAAUAAAGUAUUUAAAUAAGUACAAUGGUUAGUAUGGUUUUAUUAAUUUGAACUAUCCUUUAAUUUUUCUGUAAUAUUAUUAUAAUUUAAUAGGUAACAGUGGUAUUUUAAUUAUUGUGGCAAAUUAUACUGGAGAUGUUUUUAAUUUUGGACUAGCUUGUGAAAAAGCAAAAAAAUUAGAUAAUAUUAAAGUAAGCUGUAAAAUUAAUCAGUUAAAAAGAAUGUCUAAACAUUAACUUGUGUUUAAUUUUAGGUGGCUGAGUUAGUAGUUAGUGAUGAUUGUUCAAGGCCAGGAGGCAAAGUAGGCAAAAGAGGCAUGUGUGGAUUAUUAUAUGUAAUAAAGGUAGUUUUGUUUGUAUAAAUUAAAUUUUUAUAAUUAUAUAAUUUUGGGUAAAUUUUGAGUUAUUAUAAGAAGUUAAAAUAUAGAAUCUAUUAGUUGUGAAGUAGAUAACUAAUUUUUGUUUCAAUUUUAAAUAUAAACCACUACAGCCAUUGGUUUUACAAUUGUACAUGUUUAUUACUAGUUCGAAAUCUAUUUAAUUUAAACAAAAAAAAUUAUAAAUACACAAUUUAAUUGAUAGAAUAAAAUAAAUCUAGUAUAAUAUUUAUACAAAUAAUUUUAUUUUUUAAAAAUUAAAAACAAAUUUUGAUAAAAUUGAUUAAUUAAUUAGAUUUUAGAUAUAAAUUAUUAUAUAUAUAUAAAUGAUAAGACCUAAUGUACUACAAAAUUGGAUAAUGGUUUCAUAACUUAUAAACAUAUAUAUUUUUAAGUAUAAUAUAGUAAUUAAAACAUGCAAUUUUAAUAAUUAUUACCCUUAUUAAUUUAAAGUUUAAAACAUAAUAAUUUGGAUUAUAUAUUUUAUGCAUUCUAUUAUUUUGUUUACUGCCAACACUCCAAAAUAUAUAAUAUAAUCGCUCUCACCAUUCUUUUGUAGAACUUAUCUAAGUCACAUUAAAAUUCUUUUGCUACACGAAACACCUAACGGUUUUCUCCACUUUAUCCAAUGACACUAAAUCUUAUGUUUGAUAACUUCGUCUAAGCCAACGUUCAUGUAUAUUUAUUGUAAAUUAAAACUUUUGGUAGUUUUAAUUAUAUUUUUACAAGUGAAAAUUAAUCUUAUUAAUCUUAGUAAUUAUUAUUGGAUUUUCUAUAGAUACUAGGUGCACUGGCCAAACGAGGUAACAGUAUUGACAAUUUGUUGUCUGUGGGUAAAAAUAUUAAUGAUAAGUUAGCAUCGCUUGGAAUCUCUGCAACUUCAUGUAAUGUACCAGGAAAGGAUCCAUCAUUUGUACUACAGCAAGGUGAAUUUGAAUUCGGAGUUGGGUUACACGGGGAGGCAGGAACUUCUAGAAUUAAGGUAUACUUAUAUAAUUAGCAAAACUGAAUAAAAACCAAUAUCAAUAUAAUAUGUAUACCUACUUUAGUAUGUUACGGUAAAACUUAGAAUAACUUAGAACCUAAGGUCUAGUAAAGACUAGACAGCAAAUUUCAUGUUUUACCAACUAUAAUCCAAUUGCAUUAUUGUGUUGUAGUGGUGUGAAUGACUAUUGAACAUUGACUGUUAGAUUACCUACUAUACUGAAAAAAAUGAAUGCCGUUUUUCCAUAUUCAGUUUUUAAUUCUUAUAAACGAUCUCUUGGAAUUAGUUGAUCUACAACCCAAAUCACCCAAAUCCUGAUUUGGGGAUUCACAGAUACCUGUAUAAUAAAAUUAUAACAAAUUCAUGUUUUAUUUUAUAGGCAUGUGAUGUAAAAGAUUUAAUUCGUUUAGCGGUAGAUAAGAUAAUAAAAACAUUAUGUUUAAAAGAAUCUAGUAUUAUUUGCUUAAUUGUGAACAAUCUUGGAUUAGUAUCCUGCAUUGAAUUGGGUGCAUUGGCUAAAUACACCAAAGAAUAUUUUGGUAUGUAUAAAUGUGUAAUGACUACACUUACUAAUUAAUAAUUAUAAUUAUCUAUAUAUUUUUAUUUAAUAUGUAUUGUAAUUUUCAAAAUAUUUAUAGACGAACUUAAAAUUGAAGUAAGUCGUAUGUUUGUGGGAACUUUUAUUGUUUCUUUAAACAUGUAUGGAUUUCAAUUAAGUGCCAUUGAUGUGAGUGACAAUCCAGAAUGGAUCAAUUAUAUAGAUGAAGAAACAUCUGCUUUUGCUUGGCCGGGAAAUCGUUUGAACAUUGAACCUAUUGUAAAAGAGGAAAACCCAGAAAAUAUUAAAAUAUCUAAUCUUGACGAUAUAAAUCCUAAUGUAAAAAUAAAAAUAUAUUAUACAUUAUAUUUAAUUAACCUACCUGAGUACCAAAAAAGACAUUUUCAAUUCUUUAAUAAUUUUGGAAUUAUAAAUACACUGAAUUGUUUUACAUAUACUUGGUAUCUAAAAUUGAGAUCAAUUUUAAUUAAGGAAAUUUUAUUUUAAUUUUUCAUCCAUAAUAUAUUUAUUAAACAGAGUCAUUAGUAGUCUAUAUUACAAAAACUAUAUUUUAUAUACAAUUUAUUACAAUAAAGUGUUUGGUGCAAAGGUUGAGGAUAUAAAUUUAGUUUAUGUGCAUUGAGAUUUUACAACAAGUAGGUACUCCCUCCACAAUUAUACUCUAUUUAUAGCUACAUUCACAAUUAGGAUUCGCCAGGUUAUUCUAAUUAAUCAUCAUAACUUAUUAAUAAUUAAAUUAUCACUUAUUAUUACUAUCAAAGGUAUUUAAGUACUAUUAUUAUUACCUUGUUAUUAUCUAUUCGAUACUAGCAUUGCUUAAUAAGUUGUGUUGUACAUGUGACAAAUUGCCACAUAAACUGUGUUAUAUAUUUUUAAACAGUAAAGUUAACACUAUUAUAUCAUUAUUAUAAAGUCUUGUAAGUUAGGUUACAAGUGUAUAAACUAAAUUUAUCCUCGGUUAAACAAUUUUUAGAUGAUAAAUAUCUGCUUAAGAAUAAACCAUUUAUCUAUUAUUAGUUAGGAGUGUGUAUAUCAGAACACUCUAUUUUAGUAUUCAAAAAUAUAUUGAAAAAAAUUGGAGAGGUUAUUUUGCAAAAUGUUGAUAUUUUAAAUAAAUUAGAUUUGGAAAUUGGAGAUGGUGAUAAUGGUUCAACCAUUUCAAGGUUUGGUUCUGGUAAAUAUCUACUUUUUAACAUUUUAAAUACAAUUAUGAAAUGAAAAAAAAAUUAUCUAUUGAAAUUUUGUAAUUUAGAAUUACUUGCCACUUUAAACAUUCUUCCAUUAAGUCAUCCAGCCAGUGUUUUGUAUUCAUUGGCAUUAAUUUGUGAAGACAAAAUGGGUGGUGCUUCUGGAGCUCUUUAUAGUUUGUUGUUGACUGGAGCUGCUAGUCAUUUAGUUUCUGUGGAUUAUUUAGACUGGACGGGCGCAUUACAAAAUGCACUUAAAACAGCUAUGACAUAUUCAAGUGCCCGAAAAGGAGAUAAAACUAUGGUGAUUAUUUAGAUUCAUAUUGAAUACUUUUAAUAAUUAAUUAAUUGUAUUUUAAUAAUAUCAAAUAUAACUAAUUUGUUUUAGUUUGAUCCAAUAAUAGCAAUACAUGAAGUAUUUCAGGAAUAUGGAGACUUGAGAACUAUUAUUGAUUCUAAAGAAUACACCCUUCUUUUAGAUAAAACAUGUAAGGUUCUACAGCUUGUUAAUGACAAUGUAAAACAAAUGAAGGCCGAGUAAGUUUUUAAAAUAAUAAUUUAAAAUGUUUUAGUGUAGAUUAUAGAAAAAAGAUUAAGAUGUAAAUCAUAGGCGUGUACACAAGGUGUGUUUGGUGUACUGUGUGAUACUAUGAUGAAACAAAAUGAUUCAUUCUGGGCUUUAUAUUAAAUUCUAACUUAUAAGGUAUGAAAAAUUGUUAUUAAGUAACCAAUAAAAAAAACCUACUGGCAACCACUAACUGUGAUAUAACUUAAUAAUUGUAUGGUUUUGAAGUUCAUAGGUUCCUAGGUAGUAGUGAACAACUUGAUUUUUAAUGAAUUGAUAUUUUGCAUUCACUAUCUUCAUUUUUAUGUGGGGGAUAUAAGGCUCAUUUAAGGAAUAAUGGCCCAUUUUCUUUAUGUUACAUUCUGUGAACAAAUCCUACGCACGCCUAUGGUGUAGAUAUAAAUCAUCAAAGCUACAUUUCUAUCUGAUUAAAUUAAAGAUAUUGAUAGAUAUUAUUAACCAAAUAAGGUAAUUUGCUAAUUUACUUUGUAAAUAUAUUUAGUAUUUAGCCUCAUCAGUUCAUCCUAAAUAUAAACAUAAUAUUUUGUUAAUAUUACAGAUUUGGUAAGGCGUCUUAUGUAGAAAGUGUUGCUUCUGUUGGUAAAAUGGAUGCUGGAGCUUAUGGGGUAGUUUUAUGGUUUAAUGCCAUUUAUACAGCUUAUGUAGAUGCAACAAAAUAAUUAUAAAUUUGAUAUUCUACUACUUAUCCCUCAAUGAUUCCCUUGUCCUCAUCAUGACGGCUCCGCUAUUUGCAACAAUUCCCAUAUCCUCAUAAAUUGUUCUGCUCUUUCCAAUAAGUUUCAUCUUCUCUUUUCUUUAUGUUCUUCUAAUAAUAUUCAUAUUUUCCAUUCUUCCUAUAUUCCCCUAUCCAUUCAAUAAUUAAUUUCUUUUCCUCUGAAGGUUUUCUUUUAUAAUUGUUUGUAUUACUUUGUAUUGUUAUUUUUAUAAUCGCUGAGGUUUAUAUGUUUAUCACACCUCCUUAAAACGAAUACAACAUUUAAAAAAUAAAUAUGCUAUUAUAAUUUGUAAAAAUAUGAAAAAUAAAAUCAAAAUAAAAUUUAUUUUCUUCUAUAAUAAUUAAGUUAGGACAGAUACGUUUUUAUUAAUUGUAGGUUGUUUUUGUUGUAAUAAAAUAAGAAUUACAUUUGUAACAUAAGAACAGAAAUAAGUAAAAUAUCAAGUUCUUUAUAUAAGUAUGAAUUCAUAUUGGUAGUAUUUUAAUUUUUGAAAUUAUUAACCAAAUACAAUUUUUAUUUGUUAUUAAACAGUAGGUUAAUAUAAGUAAUAAUAUGUAAGCAAUAUAAUAUUUACUACCUAUAUUUUACUAUAUGAGGAGGAUGUUUUAAGUUUUUGUGUGGCCAUAUUCCUGACAAUUAAGCAGUGGUGUAGUGGAGUGUAUAGGCG